CGAAAAGAAACCAUUGGAAUUGGCAGCAACGGUGUCACGGACAAUGACAAUGCCAGCGCCGGAUCGACUGGCCCCGAGCAGGCCGUCGAAAUCGAAAGCCUCCUCGAAAGCCUCGUCGAAAGCCUCGUCGAAAUCGUCCCGAAUCCCAUCAGAAACGAACAACGACCUGUGCUGGAAAAUCAAUCGGAAGCAGGGCGCCGGGACAACCCCGACCGCCAGGUACGUGAGGGAGUUCCAUCCCCUCUCCUAUCUGUACACGGUGAUCCAGGGGAACCUCUCGGACGACUCGGACGAGCACGGGAAUCCCCGGCUGCCCUCGGCGGUCCCGGGAGUCCUCAACCGCGCCAUGGUCCGGGACUACGCCACCAAGAUCACCAAGUACAACCGCGAGAUCGACGAGAUCCAGAAACGCAUCGACGGGAUCCACGACGUCGUCAACUCCCUGAACGAGGAGCGGCGCAAGACCCCCCACGGUCCCACCACCGCCGAGCGAAACUUUGGGAACGAGAUCUACCUGCUGGUCCGGAACGUGGGCAUGUGGAUGAGGCGGAUGGAGACCAAGGCCAAGCUCAUCGAGAAGACCGAGUGGUCCAUCUACAUCCUGGAAUCCCUCCAGGAAAUCGACGAGGGCUGCAACGCGGUCCUCUUUUGGUCCUACGCCUCCUGGCGGAGGAGGCACACCGCCACCCCGCACGGAAGCAAUCGGUCCCUCGAACGCGAGAACGAACGCGAGAACGACAGCCACCACCAAAACCAACACCACCGCGACGGCUAUGUCGACGACCGCAACCGCUGGGGCGACGACCACCACAACCACACCGACGCCAAGUACGACCACUACGAGGGCGGCGACCGUUGCCCAGAGACCUCCCGCCUCUUUGGUGACUACCAGGAGGCCUACCGGCGGAACCUGGAGGUGACCAAGCUCGUCCGGGACGGCCUGGGGCGGUCCACYAACGACGAGAGGCUCUCCCGCUUCCUCCGGGACAACUACGUCCACUGCAAGGGGUGCCGGGCGACCUUUGCCAAGCGGUACGACGACCUCUUUGGGACGAGGAUCCAUUCGCCGCAACAGCAGAAGUCCAGCCACAAUGGGACCACGGCAACGACGACAACGACGACGAAAACAACAGACCCUGCGAACCAGGCAAGCAACCACGGGAGCCGCCGAACGCACCACUUUUUUUGCACGGAUUGCUUCGACGCCUUCAACCCGUCGAUCCUCAAGAAAAUAAAGCGGGACGAGGACGUCAAGGCGAGGAGGGACCUGGAGUUGCUYAUCGAGGAACACCAACAGGAACAGGAGGGAAACAAGCAACAACACACAAACCCCGGCACCGCCGCCGGCAAGUCGGGCAAAAAGAGAAAGAAGAAGAAAAAAAAGAAGGCCAAGAAAAACAACAACAACAACACGACAAACGAAAUCGACAACGGCAACAGCAAUGGCCACGCUUCACCCGAAGCAACCUCAAAGGAUGCGGACGAUCAACAACAGCAGCAACAACAGCAACAGCAGCCGUCGGACAAGGAACAAGAAUUCAAAAGCGACGAUAACGAUAACGGCGACGGAGACGUCAUUGGGUGUCGGUCUCUCAGCUACGACGACAGCCAGGGGUCGUCGCUGUUCCCGGAGGACGGCGACGAGAAGCACCAGCGGUGUUGCGACGACGGCGAUGAUCCCAAAACCCUUUGCGGAAAUGCCUGCGGCAAGAAGGAUCCCGYUGCCCUCGUCGAUGGCAGCGGCGUCGUUGUGGUUGGAACCGGGGAGGAACAACCCCACGACGACGAUGCUUCCAUCAACGACGUCUUUGUCGACUUUUUGUGUCGGACGGGGAGCAUCAUCGAACUGAAUGCCUUUAUGGACGAAACCAUUGGGGCGGAGGCGGAUGCCKGACCGUGAGGAGACAAGGGAAUAGAAAACAACACGAAGCAACACAACAUGACACGACAUGACACACUACGGUACAACAAAACACAAAACACAACCAUCGGGACGGGUUCGUUCUCGAUGGCUCGGGGCAGCUACGAAGCAGAAACACGGGGCAGUUCGUUUUUAGCUGCACCACACGCAUUGCGCAAAUUACAAACGCAACCUAAACAUUGAAUAUAGAGCAUAGAAUCAC